AUGUUCUGUAUGAUCAUAGAUGAAAGCCAAGCUGUGGGAGAUGCAGAGAAAGAAAAAGGGACUAAGGAAGAAGAUCAAGAUGAAAAGCAGGAAAGAGAAAAGGAAGAGGAAAAAGGAGUAAGUAAUGAAGAAGAAACAUUGGAAAAUGGAGAUAAAGGAGGGAAUGGAGGAAUAGCAGCUGGAGUAGUAGAAAAAGAACAUGAGGAAAUGAAAGGAGAGAGAGAAAUUAAAGAAAAAGAACAAGGUACAAUAAAAGAAGGAGGGACAGGAGGACAACAGCCAAAAGAAAGAAGGCAAAAAAGGACCCUUCAACAUAAGAGAAAUUUGGAUUGUGACGGCACCUGGAAUUGAGAACGACGAAAAUGGCAGACUUCAUAUUAGUUAAUUUAUUAUUCACCUCCUCAACUUGUAUUAAUUUCAUGAACAGGUCAUAAAAUGUUCAAUUCAGUUAAAAAAAAAAAAAAGUGAACUAGCAUU